AAACAAUAUGGCUGCUCCCUUGUUUGAGGUUCUCAGUUAGCAGGAAGAAGCUGAAACUCAUGAAGAAGCUCAGGACAUCAAACAUAACAGACAUGCAUCCUGCCAAGGUCUAAAAUAGAUAACAUUCUCUGCAGCCAUGAUGGACACAAAGGAAAUCGUCCACCUUGCUGUCCAGAUGGAGAAGCUGGCUGCAGACCGAAGCUUCGUGGACAUCCAGACCCUCCUUGGUGACCUGGAUAAGUCUCACAUCACAGCAGAGCAGCUGGAAACAACAGAACUGGUCAAAGUCCUCUAUGGAAUCUUGAAGACCUGCUCAGACACCAAUGUGAGGAAGGGGGUUAAGAGCUUGUUGUCCAGGUGGAGGAAACAGUACAGCUGUGAGAGGACAGGAGGGACACACUCAGAUGAGAGAAAAGAUCCUGCAGGUUCUUCAGCCCAAGUGGAUGGAGAUGGUGGAGUACGUGCUCCAGAACAGCAGGCAGACCGUCCCCUCCAGGGUACUUCUGCUUUGUCGGACUCUGUGAGGACCAAAUGCGUUCACCUUCUCUUAGCUGCCCUCCAUCCUGAACCUCCUGAUCAGAUCAAGGCGGAGCAGCUGGCUGAAGACAUUGAAAAGCACAUCCAUGACCUCCACAAAACCAGCAGACUCAAAUACAAAACCUGUGUGAGGAGCAAAGUCGCAAACCUGAGGAAUCCCAAAAGUCCUCACCUGUGCCAGGGCCUACUGAGUGGCUCUCUGCUGCCGCAGGACUUUGCCAAGAUGUCUGUGGAGGACAUGGCCAGUCCAGAGCUCCGGCAGCUGAGAGAGGAGUUUUCAUCACAAGGUGUGAGUGAGAGACAGCUUCCUCAAGGGGUGGAGGGGACGCCGACGCAGAAGAUCCACUGCAAACGGUGUGGAGGAUCAGACUGUAGGGUGACACAGGUGUCCAGGGGUGCUCUGUUUCUACCUGCAUGGGUGAGGCAGGGAGGCAUUGACCAGGACGCUAUGACAUUUGUGACCUGUAGGGGGUGUGGUCAGCAGUGGUACCACAGUGGCUGGGUUUGCUUCUAAAUCAGGUGAUGGUGGCAGAGGAGUUAAUUUUUCAUCCCCAAAACCAGAGGGUUGCAGAUUUGCAUCCCCGUUAUUCUGACGCAGUCGUUGUGACAAGACACUUCAUCCUCCUUACCUACUGGUUGUGGUGAGAGGGACUGGUAAUGCCAGUGUGUCCCAGGGCAGCUCCAUCCUUCCAUCCUCCAUAAACAAGACCCUUAAACCUCUAGAGUAGGGAUUCCCAAAGUGUGGUGCGCGCACCCCCGGGGGUGCUAGGGGGUGCGCGAGGUGAAAAGUGUAAUGGCUGCAGAGCUCAGAGAAGUCUGUCAUAUGUCACCAUACAUAUAUAUAUAUAUAUAUAUAUAUAUAUAUAUAUAUAUAUAUAUAUAUAUAUAUAUAGCCAUGCCCUGAUGUGGGGGCUGGGGGGGUGCGUCGACAUGGUCGGGACAUAGAAGGGGGUGCGCGGCUAAAUAAGUUUGGGAACCACUGCUCUAGAGGAACAGAUGGUCCCAGCCUCACGAAGAACUUUCAACCUUUAUUCUAAAUACCAAACCGGCUUUUAAACAGUUUUAUUUGUUUUCUGGAUUAAAUAAAUGUGUAAGUCAAGUAUUUAGUUUAGCUUCCCUUAAAGAGGGACUGCACACCAUCAGAAAAUGUAACUCCACCCUUAGUCAAGAUUUGAAACAUGCCAUGAAAGUGGGCGUUGCCAGGAGGCACAGAGUGGCAUGGCCAAGUGCGGGGAAUUUCCAUCGCGGGAGGGAGGAGGAGUAGGAGGAGACUGUACUGAUGACGUGGAAUUGUACCAGCCCCAGUCAAUCAUAAAUUUAAAAUGCAGUAGCCACAGUUCAACCCACAGGGGGCAGCCCUAAGAUGUUUCUAGAUCUAGAUUUAAUCAAGUUUACACAAACAUGUCAAAAAAUGCACAGAAACAGAAAUAUUACAUUUGUAAAGACCCAAUUAUACAGUUUAUAAACAAAAAAAAAAAACGUUGUUUUGGGGGUUAUUUACUCUUUAAAGCCCAGCCAUGUUUUUGAUUUACCUCUGAAGAGCUGAGGCACUGCUUUUAGUUGUAAAGUGAAACCAGAAGUUAUUUAACUGCAGCCCCACUCAUCAGAUUCUCUGAAUCAUUUCCUGUCUCGCUCUUCAGAGAUUUUACAUUUGCAGCUGUUUAUUUAAACGCCAUUAGUGGCUUCCACCAUCUUCCUGCUGCACUUAUAAGUGAGUCAUUGAGAGCUUGGAUAUCGGGUGAAACCCCAAAAAAGUGACAGCAAAUAUCUCAUUCAUUUGUUGCCAGUGGCGGUUUUACCAUUAGGCAUAGGUCGGCAGCCGCCUGGGGCCCCCUUCUGUUGGGGGCCCCCCUAGCCCUGACUGCUGGCACCCCCUCUGUUAAUGCCACAAUGGACUAUUCCUAUUGCACAAACAGGAAGUGAUUGGUAGUCAUUCCACUCCAAUCCAGUUGGUGGCAGUAAUGCACCAAAUUCUUGUUUGCCAAGUGCCAUAAGACCACAAAAAAGAAGAAGAGAGGCGGGAGCUUUCAUAACAAACUCGAAGCAGUAGUCAAAACUAAGGAUGAAAUGGAGUUAUCCUAGUGGCUCCAAUAAGAGAAAGAAGCAGCUUGCUUUAAAAAAGCAAUCUUCACUUUGAAAGUGACGUCGUUUUUCAAUGUAAACAUCACAAGGAAGCAGAAAAGCAAAGACAAUGGAAAAAUGUUUAAAGGAAGGAAAACAUAGACCAAAAUGGAAAA